GAGGACUAAAGCGGCUGCGGCGAAACCCGGGGAAGGCAGAGGCGCCGGGUCCCGAGACUCCCUGCUGCUUCCAUCCGAGUCCUCGGACACUCCCAGGUCGGAUUGAACGUAUAUCUUCGCUCCCCAGCCGAUAUAGAGGCACCUCCGCCAUCGGCUCCGGUCAGCCUCGCCUCCAUCUCCUGGGACCCGCGCCGGAGUCGGGCCAGGCCUCGGACUCGCCCACGGUGACAGUGGUCUGCCCGAGAAGCUGGACCCUUCAGAGUCGGCCUUGUGCUCGCCACCGUCACCUGCUGGUUGGAUUUCGGAAACCCACUGUCUGAAGAGCACAGAAAGGAAUCGCUGACUACCCAGAAUCGGAUGCGUCUGGACCUAAAUCUCCCGUGCCUCUCUGACUUCCCUCUGCUCUUUUCAUCCGUUCUCUCAACCUCUCCGGCAUUUCUGUGCCCGGAAACCGUCCCCCACCACCAAGGUAGCUGGGGUGAGCCCCAAAUCUUGCUGCCUUGUACUCCAACCUGUGCCUUCCACCCAGAGACAGUUUGAACCUUACGACCCAAAUCUACACACACCCAGGAAGUUCUGCCCUUUCUUCUCUUUCGGUGUCUUCGAUACUUCUCAAAAUUUCUCCUCCUCCUGUGCCCUCUUCGCCCCCCUCCUUUGGGGGCCCCGUGACCCUGAAUGUCGGGGGCACGUUAUAUUCCACCACUUUGGAGACCCUGACUCGAUUCCCAGACUCCAUGCUGGGGGCCAUGUUUAGGUCGGGUACCCCCAUGACCCCCAACCUCAGUCCCCAGGGAGGUGGCCACUACUUCAUCGACCGAGACGGCAAGGCCUUCCGGCACAUCCUCAAUUUCCUACGGCUGGGCCGCCUGGACCUGCCCCGUGGAUACGGGGAGACAGCGCUUCUCAGGGCAGAGGCUGACUUUUACCAGAUCCGGCCCCUUCUGGAUGCCCUGCGGGAACUGGAGGCCUCUCGGGGCACCCCGGCAUCCACAGCCGCCCUGCUCCACGCAGAUGUAGAUAGCAGCCCCCGCCUGGUGCACUUCUCUGCCCGUCGGGGCCCCCACCACUAUGAGCUGAGCUCUGUCCAGGUGGACACCUUCCGGGCCAACCUCUUCUGCACUGACCCCGAGUGUCUGGGUGCCAUGAGGGCCCGAUUUGGUGUGACCAAUGAGGACAGGGCAGAGGGAGGCCCACACUUUCAUCUGGAAUGGGCCCCCCGCCCCGCGGAGCUCCCUGAAGUGGAGUACAGGAGACUGGGGCUGCAGCCGCUGUGGACUGGGGGGCCAGGAGAGCGACGGGAGGUGGUGGGCACGCCAGGCUUCCUGGAGGAGGUGCUGCGAGUAGCUCUGGAGCACGGCUUCCGUCUCGACUCCGUCUUCCCUGACCCCGAAGACCUGCUCAACUCCCGAUCUCUGCGCUUUGUCCGGCACUAGGAACUAACAACUGUGAAUGCUGCCCUCAGUUGACUGUGGGGGGGGGAAACAGUGGGUCAGUAAAGGGGGUGAAGGCUCCUGAGGCAUCUUCCUAGCUCUGCUCUGGGAGCUGUGAGAGUCAGGGGCCCCACUGCCCCUGACUGGAGCCCAGAUGUGGGCAGGAAUCCCCAAACCAGAGGGAGCCCACCAAGGGCUCAUGCGACCAGAGGGUCUGGACUGGUGCUAAUCUUGGGAGGGGUGGGGACGCUUCCCUGGCUGGUCCUCACCUGAGCCUGGGGACCUUCAGUGUUUCCUUGCUUGGAGCUCAGUAUUAAGGGUCUGGAAGAGUGGAGGUGCUUCUCUGCCCAGGCUAGGCUUAGCAGAACCGUGGAGGGACAGUGAGGUCUGGGGGAAAGAGAGAUUUUGGAUUGUUCUAAUGUGGUCUCCUGGACUGUGACUUCUCCUGGAGCUGGUGGCCUGGCCUGGCCUGACCAAUGAGAGGUCAGAACACUCUGAAACAUGGGAAGGAAAAAUUCUUUGCUGUGUCCCAAGCCACCACUGAGGGAGACAGAAAGGCUACAUCCCACCCUAGGUUGGCAUAAGGGAGCUAGGAGAACCCCCAUUCACUGGGGCUGGAGCAUCCCUCUGGAGAUCCGAGUGUUUGAAAGGAUCCCAUAUUGAUGGUGGGGCUGGUCACAGGGGAGGAGCAGGGCAUCUUCUUGGGUCCUGGCCAUCCUUCCGUCAUGUGUACGUGCCUGUCAGCCAGUGGGUCUGACUGAUGUGUGGGUCCCUGGCAUCUUGGCUUCCAUCCAUGUUGCUGGAGGUGGUGUCUGUGUGCUGGUCUUUCUGUGGUCUCUGCGUGUCCAGGCCUGUGUGGGGUUGCCCAGCAACUGUUUUGGCACCAGGUGUGUCUGCAGUAUGGGUGUGAGCAGACUGAGAAUUAGUUUAAUCACACGGGGUAUGCGUACACAUGUACUUCACAUCACCACGUAGGCAGGAGGGGCCUGCUGGGCUGUGAGUCACUAGGAUCUGGUGAGAAGUAAGAGAAGGCACGGGGCUUAGCUGGGCCCUGGAGGCCUGUAUAGAACUCUCUGUUGCUAAGGCAACCAUGAGCCUGUUGCUAGGAGAUAGCUGGGGAAGGCCCAAGGCUGCCCAGGGCAAAGAGGAGAUGAACAGCAGAGUCUGAGAGAGUGGGGGAGGAUAUGGAAAGGGAUGGGAUUUCUGGGUCCCUGAGGGGAUGGGAUACUCACAGACAACUUCUUCACUGGGGGAGUCACAUAUUAUUUAUCACUGGUCAUGAUUUACAAGAAGAAAAAUAAAGUUGCUUUUGGAACCAC